GGAGCCGGGCUUUGGGGUGGGAGUCUGAAACCCGGAGGAAGAGGUGCUGACACUUCGGGUCUUUCUCGCCGGUCUCUCUCGCUGGCCCUCUGGCCUGGUGCCUGGGGGGAGAGGGCCCGCCUGAAGGGGCAGGAGGUGGAUCCGGAUGCUGCAGUGGUCACAGCCCGACGGUCAGCCCUCUUUCCUCUAAAAACCAACCCAAGUGCCUUAAAGCUGAUCAGAUGAUGGAUGAAUCAGACGAUGAUUUUAAAGAACUCUGCACCAGCUUUUUCCAAAGGGUGAAGAAGAAUGGAACCAAGGAAUUGUCGGGAGAAAGGAAGAAGCAAAAGGCCUCAGACGGCACUCAGAUAAGAAGCAAAUUGAAAAGGCCCAAACAAACUACUACCAAGAGCAAAACCCUUCAAGGCCCCGUGUUGAAGAAAACACGACCUGGCAGCCAGGCCGCAAGGACUAAAAAUCAAGGGGCUGCCAAGUUGCAAGAGUGGGAAACGGCUCCGGCUGUGAGUGGGAAGGUCCAUGUGCUGACUCCCGCACCUGCUCCAGAUCUGCCUGCACUCCAGGACAGUGCACAGAGCACCCAGCCAGAGGGUGCUCCUAGCAGUGACACCCAGCCCUCUUCUUCCGGGCUGACCGUGGUGGCUCCCAGUCCCUCCAAGCUGCGGACAGCAGAGUUGGUCCUCCAGCGAAUGCAACGGUUCAAGAGAGCAGACCCUGCACGUCUGAAACAUGCUCCUGGAGCGUGCUCACUCAAAGCUAUGAUUGCAGAAAACGCUCCAAAGGACCCUCAAGAGGAGCCGAUGGUGGGGAACGGCUGUGAGCCCGGGUCCCCUGCCACAGAGAACGACGGCGUGAUGGCCUUGGCCCUGCAGCAGGAGCUGGGGCAGGAACGAGUACCCACACUUGAGGAGAGCCUGGAGGAGGAGGGGUGGUUUUUCUGCCAGAUCUGCCAGAAGAACCUUUCCUCCAUGAACGUGACGCGGAGGGAGCAGCACAUGAACAGGUGCUUGGAUGAGGCUGAAAAGUCACUAAGACCUUCCACCCCUCAGAUCCCUGAGUGCCCCAUUUGUGGCAAGUUGUUUCUCACCUCCAAGAGCAGAAGCAGCCACUUGAAACAGUGUGCAGUGAAGAUGGAGGUUUGCCCCCAGCUCCUGCUGCAGGCUGUGCGGCUGCAGACGGCUCAGCUUGACAGGCGCUGCAGCCCCACAGCAUCCGGCUUCAGCCCUCAAGUUGGAAGUCUGAAACGGAAAGGAGCCCCCAACAAGAAGGAGCCCCAGAAAAGGCGGAAAGUCAAUCAGCCCAAGGCACCUUCCGAGGACAUAUUGGUGGCUAUGGCUCUGUCUCGAUCGGAGGUGGAGCAGUCCAAGACUGUGCUGGCGCUCGGACUGGAGAGGGCUUUUUCUGAGUGGAUAAAGCCAGGAGCAGAGAAGAAAAGUCGCAAGAAGAAACUCCCUGCUUCCCUGCCCCCACUCUUGGUCCAGGACUCUGAGGCCACAUGGAAACAGACAGAGGAGAACGUCGCCACACUCUUUGCAGAGGCCGUGGAACUGUCCAGCACGCCACCACUUCCUGCAAGCAGAAUCUUAAAGAACAAGUCGGAAAAGGCAGGCUGGCUUCUGCAGCUGCCUGAAGGGAAGCAGAGCUUUCUGUGGGAGGGCAGUGCCCUGACCAGAACCUGGGCCCCAGAGGCCUUCUACACGGCAGGCCUGGUCCCGCCCAUCAUGUCCCGGCGGCCUGCCCAGGGUCUCCCAAAAUUGCCGACUUGGUCGCUAAGACCACCUGACCAGCCAAAGCCGGAUGUGCAAACGCACCCCACCCCCUGCGGCCCCCCUCCUAUGGGCCACAGCCCCAGGGAGGACCCAGCGGAGCCUGACCCCAAGAAGGCGUCACCCUUCUCCAGCCAGAGGGAGCACCAGGCCCUACAGGACCUCGUGGACCUGGCGAGAGAGGGGCUGAGCCCCAGCCAGGGGCCCAGCAGCAUAGGCCUGGCCAGCUGGGACGGAGAAGCAGCCAUAGAUUUGGUGCCCAGUGGCCUCCCACUGUCGGGCUUUGUCCUGCCCUCCGAAGAGGAGCAUCUCGAGAGAGGUGGUGGUGCUUCGCUCUCCCUCGGCGUACUGGUUUCUGACUUCAGGGCCAUGGUCAAUAACCCACACUUGAGUGAUGUUCAGUUCCAGGUGGACAGUGGGGAGGUGCUUUAUGCUCACAAGUUUGUGCUUUAUGCACGAUGUCCGCUCCUCAUCCAGCACGUAAACAGUGAAGGCUUCUUCGCUGUAGAAGAUGGGGACCUGAGGACCCAGCGCGUCCUGCUGAGUGACGUCAGCACUGAGGCAGCCCGUGUGUUCCUGCAUUACCUCUACACUGCGGACACUGGCUGGCCCUCCCACCUGGCCCCCAGCCUGAGCUCCCUGGCCCUCAGGUUUGGCAUGAGUGAGCUUGUCCACCUAUGUGAACAAGCACCUCCUACAGUGGAUGUGGAGGGUGGCCUCAGGAAGGAGAAGGAAGACGAGAACUGUGAAAGCAGAGCAGAGAACUUCCAAGAACUCUUGAGGUUGAUGUGGGUAGGUGAAGAAGAGGAAGCAGAGGCCCUGUCGAGACCUGAGGACCAUGGAGAAGACAGAGAAAAGAUGGACGAAGCAGAGAUGGAAGAAAUCUAUGAAUUUGCAGCUACUCAGUGGAAGCUACUCCAAGAGGAAAGAGCAGCAGAGAGAGAGGAGGAAGCUGACCAGCUCGGGGAAGACCAUACAGCUUCUGGAUGUGUCCUAGCAAGCGUCCUGGUCCAAGCACAGUUGGAAGAUGCAGGACAAAAGGAAUCACCCAAGCAGGGAAGCGACAAGGCCCCAACCAGAUGGAAAACUGUGGAGUGGUCAGCUCCCCUGGCCUCCCCAGGCCAGCGUUCCCGUAGCGAGGAGGAUGCAGAAACGUGUGAACUGGAGGCCUCAAGGGAAACGCUGCACCACUCCAGCACCUCCAGCUCUCCUGGCAAGCACCGGGCAGAAAGGAAAGAAGGUGCCUCUUUGCCCUCGAUCAGUGACUAUGAACAGCUUUUCCCAUCAGCUCAAGGAGAAUAUGCUGAACCUUCCCAGAUAACAAGUGAUCCAGAGGAGCAAAAGGGGACCGUUGUGGAGAAAGAGGCAGAGGUGUCCUGUUCCCCCAGGCAUCACCAGGCGCAGGCACAGCCCGCCCGGGAUGGGGGUCCUUCCUGGUCCCACCUCAGUCCCCACUGCACAGAUGGCUCAUCCCCAUUAAAGCCCCCAUUGCAGAGUGCAGUUUCCAAGGUGAUCUCCCAGAACUCAUGGUCCCCAGUUCUACCACCAGAGCAGAGGAGGGACAGUAGCAUCCCUGCAUUACUUAUGGAUCCAGGCCACCACGAAGACAGAGGAGGCAGUUACAUGUCAGCAUGCAAAAGUAAAGGGGGCCUGAUCACCACAGAAAAAUCCCCGUCCAUUGACCUCACCCAGUCAGACCCUGGCCACUUGUGCUCCAGACUUCUGUGCUCUCCAUCCAACAUGAACAGAGAUGUGGGGGUUAUUUUAUUGGAUUCGGAUGAAGAGUUGGAGCUAGAACAGACUGGAAUGAAAUCCGUUUCUAAUAGUCCCCCAGAGGAAAGGAAAGUGCUGGAAGUCAGCCCCAUGUCCUCGGAGCUGUUUUCAGUCAUCAACAUUGAUGACACAGAUCCGGAAUGUUCUCCAAGCCCAGUAGGAGGGGCAGCCGAGCUGCAGUCGGGGAAGGGUGAGCAGUCAGGGCACGGGGUCCCUCAGGGCAGCAGAGGGUGGCUCAGGCUCUUCUGUGACGCAGAAAGCAGCCCCAAAGACAGCACCACGGACACAUCGUGGCUGGUGCCCGUCACCCCACUGGCCAGCAGGGGCCGCCCCUGCUCCUCCCAGACCCCAAUCUCAGGCCUGCGGUCUAGGACUUCAGUGGAUGUAGAGACUCACCUCAGGCCCAGGGCUGUGUCCGAGAACAGGGAAGUAAACGAAAGCACGUUUCCAGUCAUCGUGCCUCAAUCACCGCCACAAUAUCUGGUUCCUGCCACCCCAGGAAGCUCUGAGAGUGGCAGGCGAGCCUACACAAGCCCUUCUGGUCAGCGGCCCAGGUACCACCAGCACAUCUCUCCUGUGGCUCUUCGUCCACUGCAGAGACACUCGUCGCCCAAGCCAUACUGGCUGAGUCGGGCCACUGUAGGUGAAGUGGUGGAAGUCGAGGACAGUGACGACGAACAGGGAGUAGCUUCCUACCAGGCAAACAGACCCCUGCCUCAUGGGGAGCCCUCCAUCGCAGAUGACGACUACUGUUGGAGUGUUGAGCCCCACUCACCAAUUCCCAUCGACCACUUGAACCUCGAGCGGACUGGCCCCCUGAGCACCAGCAGCCCCAGCAGUAGGGCCAGGGAGGCCCUGGGCAGCGUGGCCUGUGGCUCCUCCAGCCCCCUGGGCACAAGCCCCAUCCAAGGGAGCUGCACUGACCAGGGUGGAGCUCACAAGCAGUCCCCUCAGGCCAGCUCCCCAGGGAGCAGCAGGCUGAGCUUGCUGAAUUCAGCUCUGUGGGAUGACUGGGACAGAGAAGAGAAGUCACUGGAGGGUCCUCCUCUGGCCUGGAGACUACGCCCUGACCAAGCUAGGAAGCCAGGAGGGCCAGAGACACCCAAAGGUGCUCAUCAGAAGAAGAACCUGCCCCCAAAAGUACCCAUAACCCCAAUGCCAAGGUACUCCGUUAUGGAGACACCGGUACUGAAGAAAGAGCUGGAUAGGUUUGGAGUCCGCCCUCUGCCCAAACGCCAGAUGGUUCUGAAGCUGAAAGAGAUAUUCCAGUACACUCACCAGACCCUGGAAUCUGACUCUGAGGACGAGAUCCCAUCCUCGCAGGUGCCCCUGCAUGUGCCUUACAGCCUGGCCUAUGUCACUGAGGCCUCUAAGACUUCAGGGGCAGGAGGCCAUUCCCCACCGGAGGCUACCGCCAGCCCCAUUCCGAAAAGGCCCAUGGGACCUACUGAGAUCAAGACCCCCCGAUGUAGAAAAAAGCAGCCUGGGGAAAGCCCCCCAGCCCUGCACAUACCACUAGCUGAGGAGGAGCCCCUAGGUUCUGAUGGUGACGCCCAACUGCCAGCUUCCCAGGAGCCCAUGGCCACCUCUAUGGAUAGCAGUGAUGGGUCCUUUGGCUCACAGAGCUCUUCCUCCCAUGAGUUUGGAGCAGCCUUUGAGUCUGAAGGUGACGAUGAGGGCCAGGAGGAGGUCACCGCCUCGCAGGUGGCCGUCCAGGCAGCAGACAUAGAGGAGGCCGUGUGGCGCUAUAUCCACUCCCAGCCUGCCCUGUACCGGAAGGUCCUGCUGUACCAGCCCUUGGAGCUGGUGGAACUGCAGGCAGAACUGAGGCAGAAUGGCAUCCGCAUGGCCGCAGGGAAGCUGCUGGACUUCCUGGAUGCCCAGUGCAUCACCUUCACCACCGCUGCCACCAGGAAGGGGCAACUCAAAAGGAAGAGACGGCGGCCUGUGGGCAAGAAGAAGCAGGGGCAGGAUUGACAGGGGUUGUCUCCUGCUCACCCCAUACUCUGCAGCCUCUAGGGUCUGUGGCUGCCUGCUGGGCACCCAGGAGCCCUGCAUGAGUCAGACCUCCACGGGACCACGCCAGCUCUGUGACAGUGACAACAGCCCCUCCCCUGGACUCCGCUCCCUGAUGUGGCAUUCUGAGCAUGUUGCCCACUGGCGCCUCCCUCUGUUGGUGCCCACAGCCUGCUUUCCUUUAACCAGCAGCCUCUGUGUGUCUCAGAAGAGGGGGCCAAGGCUGCUGCAUCUGCCACUUUCUGUGCCCCACAGCCCUGCCUGCUUUGCUUGUCCACGUCCUGAGAGUGACAUCCAGGCCCAUCCUUCCACACCACAUGGGCCUGGCUGUCUGCCUUCUUAGCUCUCUGACCAUAAUCCCAGCUACCAACAGCAGCGCAGCCACCAGGGCUCCCCUGCUGCCCACCCCAGACGCGGUGCAGCCAGCCUGGCUGUCCUGCCCAGGUACUGUUGUGUCCCCAGCGGUCUCCACACCAGACCGUGCAGAAGGGCCCCACAUGGCUGGAGUCCCUGGAAGAGCAUGGUCUUUGCUGUUUCUGUUGUUAGACUGUCCUGCUUGGGCUUAGCGCUGAGCACAGGUGCUGGGCAGAACCAAAAACAGCUUGGCUUGUUCUACCCUCAUGAUGUUGUUCUUGUUGUAAAUGCAGUGUGGUCAGUUUUAUAUGAAGUGCAAUAAAAAGGCUUUAUAAAAAUCA